AUGAUAAAAACAAAAGUUAUUGCUAUUUUUAUUACCUUUCUCGCAAUAAUUUUUACUUAUUUACAAGCAACACCCCAUUCUCGUUUUGUUGAUGAUAAAGCCUCAGUCACAUUACCAAAACUUGAUGGUACAAUUAAAUUAGAACAAAUCAAUGAACAGAAUAUUAUAUUAAGUGGAGUGCUUAAGAAGGGUAUUGAGAAAAAUAAUCCUGAUAGUUACUUUAUACUAAUCAGUGUCGCUAAAAUGCCAUUCAGUUACUUUGGGAUAUCUAUUAACCCACCUUCGGCUGGUCCUUGGAACGUAACAACUCCUGGUCAUGUUGACCCAUUAAUUGGUCUUCCAUUAACUAUUCUUUUUGAGAACAAAACUCUUGAUUCAGCAAACAUUAAAAAAAUCUAA